AUGGUAUCGUGUAGAAAGACAUUUGAUACCCUGACUACCCUACAUAACGUAAGGAUAACUUCUAACUAUGUUCGACAAAUUCGACAUGCUGAAAUAGUAAAUUCGCCGUCAAUCCUUUUGUUUGGUGGCCAUUACAAUAAUUGGGAUCGUAUCAAAUGUAUUGCAAACGAAGCAAACCGUGUCAAAGUUGAUUAUGACACUAAAUAUGCGUCGAAACUGCGUAAAGCAGCGCAAAAACGAGGGGUGACUAUGCAAGAGCUUAAAACGAGCAUUUCAAAAAUCAAAAAGGCUAUACCGAAAUCCACAUCUGCCCUCCAGCUUGAAGUGAAGAAAGAAGCGGAUCCUGUCAAAAGAACUGUACCCGCUGCGCCUACGUUGGAUAGCAUUGUCAAGCUGGAUCUAUUGCUCAAAGAGGAUAACGACAAGAUUGUAAAGAUUUGGACCCAAUACCACUGUGACAAAGAUGGCAUUUAUGCUGUUAUUCCCGUGGCAACGUACUCGAAAAUGUAUCAAACAUCCCAAAGAUAUCCAUUGGUAAGAUAUCUUUGUCCAUUAAAAAAGUUUGAAAAGUUUAAAAGCUCAAAAGAAAAAAAGUUUAUACUUCCCUUGCCUCAAGAAACCGGGCUAGAAUUCUUUUUCCUCCAAUUUCAAUCGCAUCAAUGCAACCUUACCUCGCUUUUAGAGUAUAAGACUAAAGGAGAAAAUGCACGACCAUUUUUGACAAUCACUCACUACCCAGAAUUGUCGGAAAGUAAAGGGAUAGUUCUAAUGAGAGGAAACAUCAAUGACAAACCUAAAAAGAUGCUGACUAACUCUGAUGCACAUUAUUUGGCUUUUGCACUACAGCAGUUUUAUUCCACUGAUGAUCCACAUAAAAUCAAACUCGUCCAUUUAUUCAAUAUUUUACCGGAGAAAUUUGAUUACCAUAAGUUGAUCAAAGAGAUGGAGAGUGUUGUUCCGUUACAAUAA